AUGUGUAGAAUCCUUCGCCCGCAUGCGAUCGAGUAUUACUUUCUGAUAAUGUUAAGAAAAUUGCACUAUAAGCCCGGAACUAAUCUUGUAUACCUAAACAUGGGGAUCUUUUUUUGGGACGCACCGGAUGUGUAUUUCACUUCGCACCAGAGACUGUUGGAGGGACUGAAAACGGGAAUGGAUCGAUACUCCAAAUCAGAUAAGUUGGAAUAUUUGCAGGGGCUUGUGACAGAAUUUCAGGACACUGACAGCGAAGAAGCUAAAGAGCAAAUCCUGGCCAACCUGGCCAACUUUGCCUAUGAUCCACGUAACAUGGAAUCCUUGCGGAUGCUUCAGGUCACUGAGCUUUUCUUGGACAUGCUAACAGAGGAAAACGAGAAUUUUGUGGAGUUUGGAAUUGGUGGCCUGUGUAACCUCAGCAUGGACCAGGAGUGCCGUGAUCAAAUUUUGCAAAGCGGAGGGAUUCCUUUAGUCACAGGAUGCUUGUCGAGUCACAGGGACGAGGCUGUUUUGUCCGCCAUCACGACAUUAAUGAACCUAACCACUGCAGCAUCAUGCUCCCAAACCACAGACAGUGCAGUGGUACAGUGCAUGGUGCGUUUCUCACUUACACAGAAUCCACGCCUCAGCAAUCUGGCCACAGUUUUCCUGCAGGACUACUGCACUCAGGAUCAGGUAGACAAAGCCAGAGAACUGUUACAAGGACAAAGCCAGUCAGCUGUUGGGAUUCCUCUCCCUAAGGAUUAGGGACGUAUGAUUUCUGUCGCUUAGAGAAGAUGGACAAUAUAAAUAUAAAACCUUUUUGGACCUUGUGUAGAUUUGUUUUUCAGCAAUACUAUGAAGCAUUAAUUUGUUUAUAUACUGUGUUACAGGCACUGCUUCAGUGUUCAUGUUCAAUCCUGCAGAGAUAUAACUCACAGUUUAAUGAGUUCUCUGCACAUAAUUAUAUCAGAAUCAGGUUUAUUUAUUGCCUGGGGAAAGAAGCUGUUCUGUGUCUGGCAGUUUUGGUAAGCAAAGCUCUGUAGUGCCUGCCAGAAGGGGCGUUAUAUCACAGAAGGCUUGAUGGUGAUUCAGUGUACAGUUGCCUAAAGGAACAUUCUUGUUUUUUCCUUGUCUUACAUGUAAAUCAGCUCUAAACAUGUCUAAAUCAGCUCUAUCGACCAAGAUAGAACAGUGGGCAUAAACAUAAACAGGACAUUUCUCCCAGUGUUUCUGUAACAGCAGAUAAUAACAUUUAUUCAGUUAAUUUAAUAGUGUUAGAAUUUAGUCAUUUCCCUGCUUCUAUCUUGAGCACAGUUUACUGUGAGGUGCUUGUUCUCUGGGUCCAUGUGUUUGUUUGUUUGUUUUAUACCUAACUCAUGCUGUUAAAACACACACACUUUCACUGUUGAGGGCAAUGUAGAAUAGCCAUUAGCAGUGAAUGUGUGUUUCAACAGAGUCCCGAUCAGGGUAGUUUCCUCCCUCAUGACCACUGUUCAUUGGAUGGACUUCACAUAAACCCUGGACCUGAGCCAGCUACUGAAAAUAAAUUAAUUCACAGGCAAAACUCAUAUUGCAUACAAGUUCAUAAAUUUUCAUAGAAUCUGCAAUGAUUUUGUUUAUAGUAUCUGCUGACAGAUGAAAUCAUUCCUUCUCAUGCUGUACAGUACAUCUCUCCCUUGCUUCUUGUCUUGCUGCUACCUGGCUGAAGUAAAAGAAGUGUACUUUAUCUUGAUUCAUUUGUCAUCCUCCAAAGAGCCAUUUUUUUUAGCACAAUGACUAAAGAAUUUUCGUGAGAGUUUGUCUUGGUACCUCCUGCAUAUUGGCUGAUGGCAGAAUCCAUUCACAUUUCAUCUGUGUUCCUUUAAUUGUGAGAAUGUUUACCAAACGCUAAAGACUUCUAUGUUGCCGUGACUUCUGGAAUAUUUUGAAAUAAUAAAAAGGUUUUGUUUAUAAGAAAAUUUCAUUACCUUAUGUAUAGUUUAUUAUAAUGUAUAGAUCAUAAUUUAUAUUAGCCCGAAUUAAUGAUAUUUAAUCAGCUUCCCCUUAUAAACCAAUUUAACACCAUGGGCACGGCUGUAUGUAAUACUAAUAAUAAUAAUAGUAAGUUUUUCUUUUGUGGCUUCUAGAAACAUUAGAAAAUAGAAUCCUUGUGUUUAAUUUUUUUAAUGUAAACCUUUCCAUCCAAACAGAAUAUGGGUGAUGUUUCAAGGCAUUGUCUACUGUAUCAGUAUCAGUGUGUGCUGUGUUACUGAAUAAAACCUGGUGAAAGUUCUAAAUGCAA